AAGCAAUUACACAUGGAUAACGGGACAACAUUCGAAUGGAAAAACUGUGCAGACGAGAAUGCAUUUAUUAUAUUUUCGUACGUUUUAUUUUCGGUGAUUUUCUUCCCGACCAUAUUUGGAAAUAUACUCAUUAUUGUGAGCAUUUGUAAGUUUCGGCAUCUCCGCUCCAAUAUGCACAUUUUGAUAGGAAAUUUAGCAGUCUCAGACCUAAUUAUUGCUGUGUCAAUAAUCUUGCAGGUUGUUGGAAACUUCCGGGAAGAGUUAGUAACAAAUAAAUAUUUUUGUCUGGGACAGAAUGCAGUAUUUGUGAUUUCAUUAGGAACAUCGUCUUACAAUAUGCUGACAAUAUCUAUAGAAAGAUUCCUGGCGGUGAAAUUUCCUUUAAAACAUAGAAUUAUGUUUACAAGACGCACUAGCUACAUUUUGAUUAUUGUUUGUUGGAGUUACCAUUCCCUUUUUGCGUCGUUGCCCCUACUGGGCUGGAAUAAUUUCCACGAUGAUGUUUUAGUAUGUGACACCGAUUUAGUCUGGACAAGGGAGUAUGACAUUAUACUCUUUGCCGGACUUUUAAUAGUUGUUAUUGUAAAUGGAUUACUGUGCGGAUACAUGAUGAAAAUAAUUGUGGAAAAAGGAAAAAUAGUUCGAUACAAUUCAUCCGAUUCUUUCAAAAAUCAAAGGAUUCUUGGAAAUUUCAAAAGAACUAAAAUGACCUUGAUAAUUUUUGGCGUGUUUGCAUUAAGUUGGACGCCAUAUUUGAUAGUGUCGUUGAUCCUGUCAUUUGAAAAUAAACCCGCUAUAAGAUGUAGUAGACAGUGGUGUAUAUGUCUUGGGAUCAUUAAUUCUGCAACAAACUGGAUAAUAUACGGGCUUGCCAACAGAAGUUUCAGAGAAGCAUUCAAGGCAGUUCUUAAGGGUCGCCGCCUUGUUCAUUUUAGAGGAUCAUUGUCUAAUCUGUAGAUAACACUGGCGGCUUUCAUUGAUACGUAAUAAAACAAGAGCUGUCAGAAGGACAGCGCGCUCGACUUUUUUAGUGCUUGCCUAUAAAACAAAACUUUGACAGUUAAGGGCACACAAGACUUUAACUAGGAAUUUCUAAGUACAAAUCAAGAAACAUUUUCACAGAGUUAUCUUCUCUUGCUUACAGAUAGGUCUCA